CCCUCGUCAACAUACUCGCACUGUCAGUCUGUCACACAGACCCACGCCUUGCUUCAGAAAAGCGGCGACUCCUGCCGAGCGCCCGAACCGGCGACGCCCGUUGCUCGAUCGUUCCCUCUCAAUUCGCACCGCCGCCUGCGCUCCCGAAAACACGGCCAUGCCGACCCCAAGCGGAGGCGCCGCCGCGCGCCGGCGGGCUGAACCCCAGCCCCGCGUGGACCUGGAGCUGGAGCUCCCGCUCGGCGGCGCGGCGCCGUUCGACCUGGCGGCGGCCGUGUGCAGCCACGGGCUGUUCAUGAUGGCGCCCAACCGGUGGGACCCUGCCACCCGCGCGCUCGUGCGCCCGCUCCGCCUCGCCUCCGACCGCAGCGCGUCCCUCCUCGCUCGCGUCUCCGCCCACCCCGCGCGCCCGGACUCCGCGCUCCUCGUCUCCGUCCGGGGCGCCGGCGACCUCUCCUCGCUCGACCAGUACUACAUCCUCGAGCAAGUGCGGCGGAUGUUGCGGUUGUCGGAGGAGGACGGGGCGGCGGUGGCGGAGUUCCAGGCGAUGCACCCUUCGGCGCGGGAGGCGGGGUUCGGGCGCGUCUUCCGCUCGCCCACGCUGUUCGAGGACAUGGUCAAGUGCAUUCUUCUCUGCAAUUGCCAAUGGACAAGAACCUUGUCAAUGGCUACUGCAUUGUGUGAGCUUCAAUCAGAGCUGAAGCGUUCAUCCAGUAUUGACGAUUUUCAAACCAGGACACCUCCAAUUAGGGAACAUAAAAGGAAGCGCAGCAAGAGGCAGAGUGUUCGUGUCAAGCUAGAAACAAGAUUUGCAGAGGAUAAGUUGGAGGAUCCAAGACUGGCAAGUGGUAGUAGCAAUGAUCUAACACAUUCGGAAACAAACGAAAUUUUGUCUAGCUUGCCCUCUGUUGCAAGUGAAACAGGCAGCGCAUGUGACUCCUUGGAUCCUUCAGAGCUUAGGUUGAGCAAUGCUCCUCACUUGGAAGAUUGCAUCGGUGAUUUUCCCACGCCAGAAGAAUUGGUGAAUCUUGAUGAAGACUUUUUAGCCAAGCAUUGUAAUCUUGGAUAUCGAGCAAAGCGAAUUGUAAUGCUUGUGCGCAGCAUUGUAGAAGGAAAGGUAUGUCUACAGAAACUUGAAGAGAUGCGUAAAAUGUCUGUACCAGCUGCUGAAGAGGUAUCCACGAUCCCAUCACCCUAUGAAAGACUGAAUAAAGAGUUGUCCACUAUCUCUGGAUUUGGCCCUUUCACUCGUGCCAAUGUGCUCAUGUGCAUGGGGUUUUUCCACACGAUUCCUGCUGAUACCGAGACAAUUAGGCAUUUGAAGCAGAUUCAUAAAAGAGCAAGUACCAUCAGUUCUGUUCAUGAGGAAUUAGAUAAACUCUACGGCAAGUAUGCGCCAUUCCAGUUCUUGGCAUACUGGUUCGAGUUAUGGGGCUUCUACGACAAGCAAUUUGGGAAGAUUCGUGAGAUGGAACCAUCCAACUACAGGCUAUUUACUGCAAGCCACUUGAAGAAUACUCGCAAGGAAAAAAAACCACUUGAAGAAAGCAGCGGUGGAUAGUUAGCAAUGCAGGCAUGGCUCGUGAGAAUUAUUUUCUUUUGCAAACAGGAUCAGGACAAAAUCGUUGCUGUUUAGUGUGAUCGUUGUAGUUGCUGAUUGUUCUAUUUAUUGGCACGAUCCAGUGUAAGAAAAAGUUGGUUUUCAAUCUUCGCGCUGCUUCUACAAUGAUAACAAAGUCCUGAAAGUUUCUGAGUUAGUAGCAUUUUCAGAGGGAAACGUGUUCCCAGCUGCUUCUAAUGUUUUGCGGUCGACAUUACAAAGUCUCGCAAAAGAAAUGGAAAUGAAAGGCAGAUUUUG